CAAAUAGUGCGGACGUCUCGCGUUCGCGUUGAAUGAAAAUUGUCGAAAAAUAGGUUCGAAUUAUUAAGCUUAUAAAUUACUAAUUAGGUAUACUUUAUAUGUGAUCAGUGAACCACUUUGCUUUUUCGUAGGUUCCCAAUUAUAGAAAAUGGAUAACGAAUUCCUAGAUAUAUCAACGAGUCUUCGCUUGCAAAUCGGUUACGGCAUCGGGCACGUGUUAAACGAUGUGUGCGCUAGUUUGUGGUUCACAUACUUUUUAGUAUUUUUUCAUUUAGUACUAGAAUUUAGUCCGUCACAGGCGGGAAAGUUAAUGUUGAUAGGACAAGUAGUAGAUGCGGUGUCUACUCCAUUCGUUGGAUACUGUUCUGACCGCACAGACAACACUGUUAGCAUUAGAUAUGGCAGAAGGAAACUCUGGCAUUUAUUUGGCACAGCAUGUGUAUUGGGAUCAUUUCCAUUUAUAUUUUCUGAGUGUAUUGGGUGCACCAUGGCCCACAAGUGGGCACAGAUGUUUUAUUUUGCCGCAUUUAUUAUGAUAUUUCAAAUCGGAUGGGCAGCAGUUCAGAUUUCACAUCUGAGUUUGAUUCCGGAAUUAGCUGAUAGUGAACAUACCAGAACACAUCUUACUGCUGUCAGGUAUGGAUUCACAGUAUUUUCAAACUUGUUUGUGUACAUUGUGACAUGGGUUGUGUUGCAUAUGACUGGAAAAUGUGAUACACAACAAGUAGGCCCAGGGGACGCUUGGAAGUUCCGGCACAUAGUGUACAUUGUGAUGAGUGUAGGAGUAUUGGCAUCUCUUGUUUUCCACUUCAGUGUGAGGGAGAAGACAAUCUACAGGCGACAGGAACAACUGCUGGAACAUGGCAGUCGGGAGCACCCACACACACACAUCAGCUUUUUGAAAAAGCCUGUGAUGUAUCAGGUAGCUGGCAUAUACAUGAGCACCAGACUAGUAGUAAACGUGGCUCAAGUACUAGUGCCUUUAUAUCUCCACCUGACACUAGGCCUAGCCGCCAGGUCGCUAGCCGUGAUCCCUCUAGCUAUGUACCUCGGUAGCUUAGCGGCCGCGGGAGUACAGAGGAUAGCUCCGAGAUCCAUUACGAGAAAGAUGCACUAUGUUUUUGGGACGGCGUGUGCUAUGACUGGAUUUUGGUGGAUAUAUUUUGAGCUUAAUGACAAUUUUAAGACAUACUUUAUUUAUGUUGUCGCUGUUUUGAUAGGGUUCGGUGGCGCCAUCAUGCUGGUGACCAGCCUGGCGCUGACGGCGGACCUGGUGGGCGCGCAGACGGAGGCCUCGGCCUUCGUGUACGGCCUCAUGAGCUUCACCGACAAGCUGGCCUGCGGCCUCGCCAUCGUCGUCAUACAGAACUUUGCGGAAGGAGCGGACUCAUCGUACUACCGCUACGUGAUGGCGUGGGUGUGCGGCGGGGCUGCCCUCACCGGCUUGACGCUAACACUACUGCUGCCUCGGCUCACGCCCGACUUGGAGUCUGUACCGAAUGAUGAAAACAUUGAAAAUGUGUCCGAAGAUUCCACCACAGCACCAUUAGAAUGAAGGUGUGAUCAAGUGUACCUAAUAAGUCUAAUAACAGUAUUUAGUUAGCACAAUUUUCUCUAGCAAAUUUUAUAGUUAUAGCACAAUAAUCUCAUCAUGUGAUAUAAUAUAAUUUUAUAAUGUUCUACUUUCUUUAAAAACAGUACCUAAUUAUUUAUAAUAAAAUUAUGAAUUACCCGAUAUUUAAAUACUAUGAAAUUGACGUCUAAAUAUGUGAUAUUUUCUUAUUAUAUCGACUUCAGGGUAGGCUAAGUAAAUAAAAAAAUGCGAGUGGUACAAAAAAGUUUUAAAUGACUUUAAAGGCAAGUCACUUUUAGGGUUGUUUAUUCAAAACCCUGUCUGCCUGUCAGCGGGCUCUAUCUAAUUAUUAUAUUUAACAGAUUAAUUUAAAAUUUUUGUAAUCAACUCAAACGUUUUUAUCGAUAUUUUUAAACAUAGAUACCACUACAUUAUAUUUUUAUCAUUAUAUUCUGUUCGGAAGUUAAUAAUAAAAUAAUUGGGGUCCUUAUCCCCCCAAGGGUCAUACACAUAACUCUCCUUUUUAAUAUUGCUGCAGUCAUUAGAUGACCUUGGAUGAAAUACCCAAAUAGGUACUUACAUUUUUUAUUUUAUAAGUGUAUGCGUGUUAAUUCUAUUUCUUAGGGCUAUUUGCGCCAGCUAGGGUUAGCCACUAACCCCGGGUUAACCCAGUAUUAAAUUGUACUGAUAACUAUGGUAGCUCCAGGUUUAACCGGUUACACACAAAUUAGUGGCUUAACCCUGGCUGGCGCAAGUGGCGCUUAAUGAAUACAUUCCAUUUACUAAUCACCUAUCUACUACCUAUUGUAAAUAAAUUGUUGAUUAUGUGUAUUUAACAUUAUUACUUUAUAUUAAAGUUUACUUACAUGACAUACAUUAACAGAUACAGCACAUGUAGCCCAGUCAAUAUAUGUAUACAUUAUAAGUAACAAUGUUUUGUUAAAUUAUUUUUAUAUAUAUUACUAGAAGUAUUAUGUAUCCAUUACAUUAGAUAUUGUUGCUAUUAUAAAUUAUAUCCAAUACAACUUAAUACCAGACAGGCUGGAUUUCAUAUGAAUUCAUGAGUUUGUGUACUUACUGUAUAUAAAGAAAAUAAAAUGACAAUUCUAAAUUAAGGCAAUUUAAUAAA